AUGUUCAGUGACAGUCCAGUUGUGGUAGUUGGUUUCAAUCAUGCAGACACAAAUAUUAAAGGGUUAAUACAAAAAAAUUUAAAAAAAAAACUAUAUCAUAUUUUUUAUUUUUAAAAUUAUUUUAUGUUUCAUUAGAAAAUCCGAAGUAUCAUUUCAACAUAAUGGACUUUACACUGAAGACAAAAUUUGCGAAACUAUUAAUGUGCAUACAAUAGCAGUUGGUGAAUUAUUAAUUUAGUUACCAAUUUUUUUUUACUGUUUUCAAUUUUUUUUUUUUUUCUAGACACAGACUGAUGAAGUUGAUUGUAUUAAUAUUGGGACUAUUGAUUUUGUUGCAGUUAAAAACUGUUUAGAAAGAGGUUUAAGAUUUUUAAAGACAGAAUGUAAUGACAGUUGGCCAAAUAUUGCAGACUAUUUUGAAACAACCGACAAAGAUAUCAAUUAUGAUGAAAUCAUUACAUUAUCUCUAAGCCAAAAUCCUUUAUUCAGAAUAGUAAUCAUCUUAAAAAUACAAUAUUGUUUAAAAUUAAUUAUUGCUAUACGUGUAUUUAUUUUCAUGAACAUUUUAUCAGUUUUUGGAACUUAAUAAAUUUGAUGCAUUUUAACAUCACAAUUAAAAAAAAAAAAAUUAAUAAUUUUUGCUUAGAUUAUAUUUAGUCAUAAUAAAUUUUUCGUUUUUAAUUUUGAAUUGUAAUUUUUGGCUUUAAUUACACUUCAAGAUGCAGAAUAAAUUUCUGAAAAAAAAAACUAAAUCCGAUUUUUUGCAAUGUUACAUUAGAUUAUUUUAUUAAUAAGAAACUCAUUAAUAAAUGAUUCUAAAAACUUUAUUUUUUUUUAAUGGAUUUUUUUGUUUUUAGAAAAAAAUCGGUGCUCUUUGUUGGAAUAGUAAUGGUCAAAAGUUAUUAGUAGCUAGCGGGGAAAAUUGUCAUAUUUCAUUGUGUAAUCAUUUAAAUUCAAUAUUUAUUUACUCUUUAUCUGAGUAAGUAGAUGGAUAUUUAAAUAUAUUUUACUAAUAAUAAUACAAUAUGUUAUAUUUAACAUAUUAUAGUUUAGAAAAUGGACAAAAUAACAUGUUCGAUAAACUGGAAGUUACAUUUUGUGUCACAUGCUUAGCUAGUCAUCCAACCAAUGAAUAUUUAAUAGCAGCUGGAUUAUACAAUGGUAAGUCCUAAAUAUUUAUGAAAAAAAGAAAUUAUAUUUUUUAAAAGUAUUUAAAUUAUAAAAUUUGUUUUAAAUCUUAACUAAAAAAUGUAAAAUACAUUUUCUUCAUUUACAACAUUUCAAAUACAUAGGUACCUAUUAUUAUCUACUGUAAUUAAAGUAUAUAUUUUUAAUUCAAAAUAAUAAUUUAAAAACUAGAAAUCACAUUGUUUCAUGAAAUAAUAUUUAGGCCCCGAGCACAGAAAUAAAAUGAACCCUUUAAAAAGCAGAAUACCAUAUGAUUAUAUUCUUUAAUGAAACAUGAUAUAGAGUGAUAUCUAUCUAUAUUUUCAGUUUCAAAAACCAUUAAGGACAAUCUCUGAUUCUUCUCCAUUGUUCUCUAUUAUUUACCAAUUGUUUUGGUUUAUUGACUUUUAGUUUCUGGAGAUCUUAAUUUGGUCUAACUUUUUUUUUUUUUUUUAUUUAUCCAGUGGUCUUUUUCUUUCCAUUCUAGAACAUCUUUCAUUAUUUAUUAUUCCUUCACUCAUGUUCUAGCUAAUACAUUUUUAUUUUAUAAGGAUGCCUAUUUUAUUAAUUAUUCAAAAUUAUUACUUUUAAUUAUAAUUUAAAAAAUGUAUAAUUUCAGGUGAAAUAUUGAUACACAAUAUGCAUGACAUGACCUCAGUGUCCCUUGAAUGGCAUUCACAAGCAGUAUCUGAAUUAUUGUGGUUUGUAAAAUCUGAUCAUCAAAUAAUACUGACCAGUGCAGGAAGAGACGGGUACAUAUGUGUAGGAUCAAUGAUGAGUGACAAAAUCAAAUUCACCCAACAAUUAUGCAGGUAUAAAAGAAUAUAUUCUUACAUAUAAUAUGUAAGCUUUUUUAUUUUAUAUACAUAUAUAUAAUAUAUACUAAUUAUGUAUUUUAGGUAUUUAAUUGGAGUACAGGAGAAAAUUGGUAUUCGAUGUUUUGAUUAUUCAAAUAAACAUUUUAUAGUAGCACUGGAAAAUGGGGAAAUCUCUAGUCACUUAUGCGAAAUAUCAAAGAACAUAAAAGGUAAUUUUUCAAUUUCAUUGUCAAUCAAAUGAAAUCAAUUACAUAGGUACACACUAUUCCGCACCACCAAAUGUGGUUGUGUGUUAGGCGCGUUUUUUUAAAGUGGUAUCCCCAAUAGGCCUAAUCCACUAUGAAAAGUACAAAGGAUGACUUGUACCGUGCAAUUUAUUUGAAUGAAUUUUAAAAAUAUAUAAUAAUUAUACUGUUAUUUGUUUUAAAUUUAGAAAAGAAAUUUACCUAGAUCAAUGAUUCUGUUUAAUUUUUAAAAAAAAAUAUAUAUUAAGUAUCGAUUUUUUGUAAUUUAUUAUAAUUUUUGUACUUAUGAUCAUCUUGAUUUGUGUCUCAGAAACUGUAAAAGUUAAAACAUACAAUGGAUGUUCAUUAAUAAUUGAAAACGUACAAUUUUGCCACACAAAUAAUAAUAAAUUUAUCGUUACACAAUAUGACUGUAAAAUACUAUUAUAUGACUUACAUCAGGUAAGUAAAUAUAAAUGUAAACUGAGUAUUUGUUUUAUUAUUAUUUACUUUUUUUUCAGAAGGACCCAAUUAAAAUUGUUUUCAAUAGAAAUAUAAUAACUAGUUUAUGUUGGAAUUUAAAAAAUGAUUUCAUUGUUUAUAUUGGUGAAGAAACUGGUGAACUUGCUAAAGUGAAUUUAGUAACUGGGAAAACAGAUACUGUUAAAAGAAUUGCUUCUUGUAAUUUAAUUUCAAUGAACAUUAAUCCCACAAGGUUUGUACUAUUUAAAAUGUAAAAUGUUAUAUAUUUUUUAAUAAUUUAAUUAAUAUUUUAAGUAGAAAAAAUAUUGCAUUUGGUACAACAGAAGGAGAGAUAUACAUAAGUAAUUAUGAAUAG